AGCCCAGUGAACUGUUGCAAGGAGCAGUUCAUACAAGUCCGAGCAGAAACACUCAGUUUGAACUUUCUCUUAAUUUCCUCCAGGGAAGCUCUCUUUUGAUUGCUCUCUUCCUCGUGGGCUGUUACUCUUUGGUGAUCUGGACAGGACUAGAAGAUAAAGACAUUACUCUUGUCAGACAGGAGCUCUGUUGUUAAAUAAAGAAGACGGUGGUUGACAAAUUUACUGAAUUUUUGUUUAAAGAUGGAAGAUAUUGAAAAUUACACCAGUUUACAAGAGUUCACGGAGGAUAUCUCUCAAAGUGGAAACAGACCUAUACUCACAGCGCAGGGCAAACAAGGUGUUCACAAAGGGGCGAUGUGUUUGAGGGCGCGCGGUUCUAUUGUUCUGCUCAUUGCUCUAUUGAUCUCAGUUUGUGUAAAUAUAGUACUGGGCGUCCUCUUGGCAAACAGUCGCAGAUCUUCUGUCGCUGUAAAGCCAGACAAGAAUGAUGAGUCUGAGGCUGCGUCUCUAACUCUCAAACUCACAGCCAUGCAGGAGCGUUUCUCCCGCCUUUGCUCUGAAUACACAACCCUUGGACAGACUUGUUCAAAACCAGUGAUCAAAUGUAGGCCAUGCCCAGAAGACUGGCUGCAUCUAGAAGGGAGAUGUUAUUUCUUUAGUGAUGAUAAACUUGACUGGCAGCACAGCAAAGAGAGCUGCGCGUCUAUGGGCAGCCAUCUGACUAUACUGCACAACCACCAACAACAUCACACACUUGAGAGUGUCGCACGCAACCGUGGUGGAUUCGAUUAUCAUUACUGGAUUGGUUUAUCAGACAUUGAGACUGAGGGAGUGUGGAAAUGGGUGGACAAUACGGUGGUUAAUACAACGUUCUGGAGUGAAUUGGAUAAAGAGCCCAAUAACCACCAGACAGGAGGGAUUCAUGGAGAAGACUGUGCAGUGCUCAACUCUCACGCUAAAACGUGGUUUGACGUGCCCUGUGAUUUCAGUUACAAACGAAUCUGUGAGAUGGAUCCUAUCACCAUUAACGUUUGAUCUGAAGAGAAAAUGCAUACAAAUUUCUUUCUUUUUUUUUAUUGCCUUCAUUCUUUUUAAUAAACAGGAAAAUGGAAA